AUGUCACAAUAUUUUUUUUAUACAUGCCAAAGUGAUGGAAAACAAAGAAUAUCUUUUACAUAUCCACCUAGUUUAUCAACUUUUGGAGAAAUGAUACAAAAAAAGAUCUCUUUGUGCACGACAGAAAAACUCUCCUCUGACGAACUAUAUAAUCAUUGGGUUUAUAUCAAUGAACAAAAAAAGGAUAACUUAAAUAACGAGUUUAGAAAUCGAAUCGAAGCCCUAGACAAGGGAUCUCUUGUUUUGGAUGUACUUGAAAAAAGGACUCGAUUGUGUAAUGAUGAAACUGAACAAAAAUGCUUGCCUAAAAUGUAUGAUCCUCUUUUGAAUGGACCCUAUCGUGGAACAAUCAAAAAUUUGUAUUCACGUUCAAUCAUGAAUAAUUAUUCAAUUACUUCGAUAAAAGAUUCAAUAGAAAAGGUUUGGAUAAACAAAAUUCAUGGUAUCCUUCCUAUUAAUUACCGAGAAUUUGAACAAAAAAUAGAUACAUUUGAUGAAAAAUCAUUAUCAACAGACAUUUUCCAUUUUUUGACCCCAAUCCUUGAAUUUGUUGAGGAAUCAACGCCGAGUUUCAAUUUGAAAGUGAAAAGACUUUCGUUAUUUGAAGAAAAAGGAACAAUUGAUUCAGAAAAUCAAGCGAACUAUUUAAAAUUUUUAUUCGAUGCGAUUACAGGCGAUCCAAAUGAUCAAACAAUUCGAAAAAAAUCUAUUGGAAUAAAAGAAAUCCGUAAAAAAGUCCCUCGAUGGUCAUACAAAUUAAUCGACUAUUUGGAACAAGAAGAGGUAGAAGGCGAGGAAGAAGCGACGGAGGAUCAUGAAAUUCGUUCAAGAAAAUGCAAACGAGUAAUAAUUUUUACUGAAAACGAGAAGAAUACCAACCCUACUACUAAUAUCAACAAUACUAUUGAUGAUAUGAGUAUCAACAAUACUAUUGAUGAUAUGAGGGAAAUGGCUUUGAUACGUUAUUCACAACAAUCGGAUUUUCGUAGGAACCUAAUCAAAGGAUCCAUGCGCGCUCAAAGGCGUAAAACAAUAAUUGGGGAACUGUUUCAAACAAAUGCACAUUCCCCGCUUUUUUUGGACAGAAGAAAAGACAAAACCGUUUUUUUUUCUUUUGAUAUCUCCAGAAUUCUGAAGCUAAUUUUUAGGAAUUGGAUAGAGAAAAAUACGGAAUUCACAAUUUCAGAUUCUGCUGAGGAAGAAAAGGCAAAAGAAAAAAAAAAGAAAGAGAAAAAAGAGGAGAAUGAACGGAUAAGAAUAGCAGAAGCCUGGGAUACUUUUAUAUUUACGCAAGCAAUAAGAGGUUUUAUGUUAAUAACCCAAUUAACUCUUAGAAAAUAUAUUGUAUUGCCUUCAUUGAUAAUAGCUAAAAAUCUCUGCCGUAUGUUAUUAUUUCAAUUCCCCGAGUGGAACGAGGAUUUGAAGGAAUUGAAUAGAGAAAUGCAUAUUAAAUGCACCUAUAAUGGUAUUCAAUUAUCAGAAAAAGAAUUUCCAAAAAACUGGUUAACAGACGGUAUUCAGAUAAAGAUCCUAUUUCCUUUCCGCCUGAAACCUUGGCAUAGAUCUAAACUACGAUCCCAUCAUAAAAAUACAAUAACAAUAAAAAAUAAAGGAAAAAAAGAAAAUUUUUGUUUUUUAACAGUUUUUGGAAUGGAAGCGGAACUCCCUUUUGGUUCUCCCCGCAAACAACCGUCUUUUUUUGAACCCAUUUGGAAAGAACUCGACAAAAAAAUUCGAAACGUGAAAAAGAAAAGUUUUUUAGUUCUAAGAUUUUUAAAAGAAAGAAAAAAAAGGUUUCUAAAGGUCUCAAAAGAACAAAAAGAAUGGAUUAUAAAAAAAGUUCUAUUUAUAAAAAUAAUAAUGAAAGAAUUUACAAAAGUAACUAUAAUUCCAUUAUUUGGAUUUUUUAAAGUAUAUGAAUUAAAUGAAAAAAAAAAUGGAAAAAAUUCUAUAACUACAAUCAGGAAUAAUCUGAUUCCUGACUUAUCCAUUCAAAUUAAGUCCACGGGUUGGACAAAUUAUUCACUGACAGAAAAAAAAACGAAGGAUCUGGCUGAUAGGACAAGUACAAUCAUAAAUCAAAUAGAAAGAAUCACAAAAGAAAAAAAAAAUACAUUUCUAGCCCCAGAGAAAAAUAUUAAUGCUAAGGAAACUAGUUGUGAUAAUAAAAGAUCAGAAUCACAAAAAAAUAUUUGGCAGAUAUUCAAAAGAAGAAGUGCCCGAUUAAUACGUAAAUGGCACUUUUUUAUAAAAUUUUUUAUUGAAAGGCUAUACAUAGAUACCCUUUUAUGUAUUAUUAAUAUUCCCAGAGUCAAUGCACAACUUUUCCUUGAAUCAACAAAAAAAAUUAUUGAUAAAUACAUUUACAAUGAUGAAACAAAUCAAGAAGGAAUUGAUGAAACAAAUGAAAAUGAAAAUACAAUUCAUUUUAUUUCGACUAUAAAAAAGCCGCCUUUUCAUAUUAGUAAUAGUAAUAAGAAUUCACAGAUUUCUUGUGACCUAUCCUCCUUAUCACAAGCAUAUGUAUUUUACAAAUUAUCACAAAACCAAGUUAUUAAUAAAUAUCACUUGAGAUCUGUACUUCAAUAUAACGGAACAUCUCUUUUUAUUAAGGAUAGACUAAAGGAUUUUUUUCGAACACAAGGAAUAUUUCAUUCCGAAUCAAAGCAUAAAAAACUUCGGAAUUCGGGAAUGAAUGAAUAUGAAUGGAAAAAUUGGUUAAAGGGUCAUUAUCAAUACGAUUUAUCUCAGACUAGAUGGUUUAGAUUAGUACCGCAAAAAUGGCGAAAUAGAGUCAAUCAACGUCGUACGAUUCAAAAUAAAGACUCACAAAAAUUGGGUUCAUACGAAAAAGACCAAUUCCUUUUUUACGAAAAACAAAAUGAUUAUACACUAAAUUCAUUACCGAAUCAAAAAGACAAAUUUAAAAAACACUACAGAUAUGAUCUUCUAUCACAUAAAUAUAUUAAUUAUGAAGAUAAGAAGGACUCAUAUAUUUAUGAAUCGCCGUUACAAGUAAAUGAGGGCCCAGGGCUUCCCUAUAAUUACAAUACACAUAAACCCGAACCAUUUGAUGUGCUGAGGGAUCUACCUAUUAGUGAUUAUCUAGGAGAAGAUUAUAUUAUUGAUACGAAAAAAAAUCUGGAUAGAAAAUAUUUUGAUUGGAGAAUUCUCCAUUUUUGUCUUAAAAAUAGAAAAAAAAUAGAUAUUGAGGUCUGGGCCAAUAUGGAUACCGGCGCCAACAUUAAUAAAAAAACUAAGACUGGAACUAAUGAUUAUCAAAAAAUUGAUAAAUUUUAUAAAAAAGACCUUUUUUAUCUCACGAUUCAUCAAGAAAUCAACCCAUCCAAUAAAAAGAAAAACCUUUUUGAUUGGAUGGGAAUGAAUGAAGAAAUACUAAAUCGUUCCAUAUCAAAUCUGGAACUUUGGUUCUUUUCGGAAUUACUACUACUUUAUGAUACAUAUAAGAUUAAACCAUGGGGCAUACCAAUCAAAUUACUUCUUUUAAAUUGGAAUAGAAACGAAAACGUUAGUGAAAAUAAAAACAUCAACGAAAAACAAAAAAAGGAUUUUCGUAUAUCACGUAUAUCAUCUAAUGAAAAAAAAAUUCUUGAAUUAGAAAAUCGAAAUCAAGAAGAAAAAGGACCGCCAGGCCAAGGGGAUCUUGGACCAGAUGCGCAAAACCAAGAGAAUCUUGGAUCAAUUCUAUCAAACCAACAAAACGAUCUUAAAGAAUAUUAUGCGGAAUCAGACAUUAAAAACCAUAGAAAGAAAAAGCAAUUCAAGAACAACAUAGAAGUGGAACUCGAUUUCUUCCUGAAAAAACAUUUGCUUUUUCAAUUGAGACCGGAUUAUCCUUUGAAUAAAAAAAUGAUCAAGAAUAUCAAAGUAUAUUGUUUCCUGCUUAGACUGAAAAAUCCAAAGGAAAUUGCUAUAUCUUCUAUUCAAAGAAGAGAAAUGAGUCUGGAUGUAAUGGUGAUUCAGAAAGAUAUAACUCUUACAGAAUUGAUAAAAAAGGGGAUAUUUAUUAUCGACCCUAUUCGUCUGUCUAUAAAAUGGGAUGGGCAAUUUAUUAUGUAUCAAACCAUAGGUAUUUCUUUGGUCCAUAAGAAUAAGCACCAAACUAAUCAAAGAUACCGAGAAAAAAGGUAUGUUGAUAAGAAUGAUUUUGAUGAAUCCAUUUCAAAACAUGAACAGAUGGUUGGGAAUGGAAGAAAAAAUCAGUAUGAUUUGCUUGCUCCUGAAAAUAUUUUAUCGCCUAGACGUCGUAGAAAAUUGAGAAUUCGAAUUUGUUUCAAUUUGGAGAAUGGGAAUGUUGUAGAUAAAAAUCCAGUAUUUUAUAAUGGAAACAACGUAAGGAACUGUGGUCAAUUUUUGACUGAGGACAAACAUCUUGAUACAGAUACAAAUAAUUUCAUUAAUAUUAACUUAAAGUUCUUUCUUUGGCCCAAUUAUCGAUUAGAAGAUUUAGCUUGUAUGAAUCGUUAUUGGUUUGAUACCAAUAAUGGCAGUCGUUUUAAUAUGUUAAGGAUACAUAUGUAUCCCCGAUUGAAAAGAAAUUGA